GAUUAACGUUGCUGCAGACAUUGCCCCCGACAUAGUCACAAGCGGGUGGCAAACAUUCCGUGACAACACUCGCGUGAAUGUUCGCAAGAUCAUCUUAAUGUACGAAGGUCGAUCCGCUAUCGUUGCCCAGCGCCAUGACCGCUAUUUCCCCGGAUAUCGAGAAAGGAUACGCGCACCUUCUUCAGCCUCCAACAUCAACGAAAUAUAUGGUAAUCAGAAGAACUUCAUACAUCUUUCAAUGGCCGAGAGCAGCUCUGAGGGUAAUCGUACUCCGGAAAGCAUGCCUAGUGGCUGGUCACUAAGACCAAGUACCGGCAAUGACGCGAACGUGACAACGUAUCGCAACGAAAUUUCUGGAGACCAAUACAACCACGUCUAUGCGGUAAAAAGUGACUGGAGUACACCUGCCCCAGGGCUUGUGAGCUCAGCAAGUGCUCGAAUACGUAGUCUCGCUCCCAAGCUCCUACAGCCCACACCCCUAAUCUAUCGUAAUCGCGUGUUUGGCGAUCAAUUCAAUGCUCAAGUCACACCUGCAGGCCUACUUGCAGAAGAUAUAACAAGCAAAAGCUAUGUAGGCAGAUGCGAGUUAGAGCAGCGACGGGCUUUGUCAAAGCUCUUAGAUAACUAUAAAACCUUGGUGAAGGUUACAGACGAUGGCGGAAUGAACCUGGUAGAUCUAAGCGUGGAUCAUGAUAACAAGAUCUUGGGUAACCAGUACAAUUUUACACCAGUCAUGGUCUCCGGAGAUGCGCAUCGUGGCCAUGAUUUUACGUUGCAUUGGAAGGAUAGCCAGCAUAACUAUAUUUAUCCAGGUCAGCUAGUAACUUUCGAAAACAAGAUUCAAGGCAAUCAGCACAAUGUUACGGGCGACCCCUUUUUGGAGCAACAGACCGUCCGUCGCAAUAGAAUUCAAGGGAAUCAAUAUAAUACCAUUCAUAUGGAUGUAUACGAAGAUUCGUUCUACCGGCCCACUGCACGUCUAGGAGAUUUUAACGAUAUACAAGGCGAACAAGAAACAUGUUUUCUUCUUUCACAAGAUAAUGCAAAUGACUUACCAAUAACAGUUGUGUGCGGCGACUUGACCGCAGAUUUAGCUGCUGUCUGGGGUAUGGGCUCCGCUAUUGUCUCAGACUUGGAUGCAGAUUCUGAUAUCGAUCGAGACGACGAUCUUGUCGGACAUGUCCGUCAUCAUAUUCAGCACGCCAUUGAUCAUGCCAUCUACGAAGCUGCUCGACAGAUUGACGAUACACUCCAACAACUCGACUCAUCCCUAGCCCAGUGCAACUUCGAGAUACAGUCGCGAGUCCGUCAGUAUCUACACGAGUAUUUCAACUCAAUCAAGCUUCCUCCAUGGAUCUUAAAGGCGUUACGCGAACGUACAAUGACAACAGUCAGCGCGCAAACAUCAUUUAUGCUUAGUCAAAUGGGAUUGUGUCUCACACUCCCAUUACUCAAGGUGCAUUCUCUUCGGAUAUUGAAGGUCGAAGGCACAUUGCGCACAUACGAGCUGGAAAUAGAGAUGUUGAACCCUCUGGUGAUUGAAACUACCCAGGAACUAUUAUCGCCGAAAACUUUGAAGGUCGCGAUGUUAGACUCGAGAGAAUACGCUGGCUUCAACAUUUUGAACGAUCUAGGGCCCCAGGAAGAUCACCAUCACCAGGCGCUUCUGCUACGGCUAAUACGUGCCGACGUGAAACAGUACAGGAAAGUAAGAACGAAUGAUAUCAUCCAUGUGCAGCACCAUAGGGGGAGGGACAUUAUAAGUCGUAUAGAUACUGUGUACGUGAAGUGACAAAUCCGACAGAGCACUGUAGUUUUUCUCUAUCGAUCUCAUUCGUGUCGUGCAGCCCCAAUAUUUUCUCUAGCAUCGAAGCAUCAUGCGUGUUUCUCCUACAUAUAUCAUACUUACAGCUUA